AUGCUAUGUAUGAAUGAUAUUUUCUAUUUCAUAGGGGAUCCUGGUUCGUUAUUUACAGUUCUUGCAUUAACUAGUUCGGAAUUAGGCGAAGCUAUAUCACAAGCUCAUGUUUCUACGAUUUCAAUCUGGAUUUACUUGAAUGAUGUCUGCUGA